CGAAGCGCCAUUUCUUUCUCCUCCUAGGAAACUCUGCAAUGGCCAUGGCCUAUGAGGAAGCUCGCAAGCUCCGUCUUCAAGAGAAUCACAAGCGAUUUCAAGUUACCCUUCAUCGUUACCGCGUUUCUUCUUCUCCUCCUUCUCUGAUUCGUUUAUCAAUUUUGAUUAUUGAAUCUCAGGAUUUAGGAAUUUCCCAGAUUUCUAAGACUCUGACUCAGAUUACAAAGAAAACGCCUCAGCAGCGUAAUCACAAACCCAUCGAUAAAGCCCUCUUAGCUACUGCUGAACCAAGACGCUCUUCCCGUGUUCGUACCGUAAUUUCUUCCUAUCGCGAUGAUGUCGUCGUAGACACUGGUCGUACUUCGAAUCUGAGGAGAUCGCGACAUAGCUCUACAUGGGCGACCUACAUUUCUCGACCUCUCCAUGAGUGCAAGUUUGCAUCUUAUGAAGAAAAGGUUGGAGCAUUCAAGGCUGCAGAGAAGUUCCAGAGGAGCCUUAAAUCUCCACAUCCUUACUUUGUGAAAUCUAUGGUUCGCUCCCAUGUUUACAGUUGCUUUUGGCUGGGGCUUCCUUCAAGAUUCUGUGCAGACAAUUUUCCUGAGGAAACUAUGGAAAUAGAACUAGAGGAUGAAGAAGGCGAAGUGUAUGAAGCAGUGUACAUUGGUAGAAGAGCUGGACUCAGUGGUGGUUGGAAAAGGUUUGCUCUUGAUCAUAAAUUGGAUGAUGGUGAUGCUCUACUCUUUGAAUUGGUUGAACCAAAGAAGUUCAAGAUCUAUGUGUUUAAAGGAAAUGAGAACGCUAAUCUUACAAGCGCCAGAAAGAGAGGCAGAGCAACGACGCCAAGUGAAGAAGAAGAAGAAGAAGAAGAUAAGGAUGUUGAAGAAUCAGGUGAUGAGGAACACAGCUCAAGAGCCACUAAGAGAUCAUCCGUAAGGUUACUAAGGAAGAGGAAAGCAUAAGAGAGCUUUCUUUUGUCUACAUGCCCCAUAUAUUUUUUUGGUUUUUGAGUGGGCUGCUAAUACUACUAAUACUAAUGGCAUAUUUGUAAGUUUAUCAACCCAAGGUAAACUUUGUUUUUUUCAAUUUGAAAGUAGAACUGAAACUCUGAUGAGCGGCUUUGGUUCGGAAAUUUAAAUUGUUUCCUCUCA